GAGGGGAAGGGGAGAAGCCACCCAUUUCCCCCCCCCCUCCCCCGUGCGAUGGCUCUGCUGGAAUCCAACAUUAUCUGUAUCACUUGGGAUUCUGCUGCUGCUGCUGAGUGAGUAAUUGCUAUUGCUGCCGCUGUUGCUAAUUCAAACCCGGUGCCAAUUGCUAGUGGAUUUGGUUGUGCAAAUUGCGGGGGAAGUGUUUUUUACUUUUGUUUCUUAAUAAAACACUACACGAAGAGGCGAGAUGACAAAGGAAAUGUGAUCCCAGUCGUUGCAGAGGCUCAGGCGAGCGAGCACCGGAGAGGACGAGGGGGGUGAGCGUGGGACUCUCAGAUAGCAUUGCACAGCGGCUCCAAUUUGUGCAAGCGAAUAUAAUACACCCUCCAUGAAUAAUUCAGGGCGGCCGGCGGGGACCUGCCGCUGCUACUCUACCCGGCGGCUACGGCUGCUGCUACAGCGUGUGCGAGCCACCCCGAGCCUGCCCGGGCUGCGAGUCUAGAGGGGAGACCGCGUGCUGGAGCGAGCCGGUCUGGGGCUGACCCGGAGCGGGAGUGGAGCCAGCCCAGGAGGGCGUGCGGGCAGCAGCUCAGAGCGAUCCAGGGCUGGGGAGAACGUGCCCACCAGGACCGGGGAGCACCGAAACGACCCCCGCUCGCUGCAGUGCUGGGUGUCUCUCUUUAUUGCAUCCCACCAGCCUAAGUGUCUCGGGGGGGGGGGGUCCGGCACCAACACCGCCCUCCAUCCCCAUCCCCCAGUCAUGCGGUGGUGGAGCAGGCGUCGGCGGGGGAGGACUGGAGCCGGAGGAGUCUGCUUGGCCACUGUGUUUCAGUGUCUCUGCCUCUCCUAGAGCUGGACUGAGCCGCCAAAGGGGGAAAACAACAACAUUUUUUUUUCUCCCCACCCCUAACUUGGAAGCCCUUUGCCUCGCCGCCCAGCAGGCCCUCGGGGUCAGAGGGGAGCUUGCCCGGCAGACCCCCCGGCGCUAUUCUGCUGCUGCUGAGGAAAUCGGAGCCGAACCUCCCGCAGCGCUAGGUCCAGUUCACACUGGAUUGAGGGCGGGGGGGGGGGAGGUUACAGGAGUGGCGCCCAUGCACUUGAAGAGAAGCAUAGUCACCAACCACGUUGUAGAAGUGCCGACCCCAGGGGGAACCAAGCAGACUCUGUGUCAGCCAGUGACUAGUUUUGAGGAAUCGAUACAAUUUGUCCAAUGCCGACCGGGAUCGGAAGCUAAGUACGGGGAGGGAAGGCAGACUCCAUUGGCCAGCAGCGAACGGGACAACCGCACCCAGCGCUCUCCACCUCUCCUCGGGGGCGAGGCGCUCCGAAGAUCCGGCUGCCUGCAGCCACCGACUAAUAAUCGAUGCCAAGCGAUUUGCAACCCGGCUUCUCCAUGAGUCUCUGCUGCUGAGGCGCUUGCACCCCGCGGCUCGUGCCCCCCUCCCCCCGGCAGCCAGGCCGCUUGCAAAUGGCUUCGUUUCCCGAGGCGGACUUCCAGCUAUGCCCGCUGUGCAAGGAGAUGUGCGGCUCGCCGGCUCCCAUCUCCUCCAACUCCUCCACCUCCUCCUCCUCUUCGCAGACCUCCAACUCCUCCUCGGCGGGGGGUUCGUCCUGCGCCCCGUCCCGCCGCCUGCACGUCCUGCCCUGCCUGCACGCCUUCUGCCGCCAGUGCCUGGAGGCGCAGCGCCAGCACCCGGGCGCGGGGGACGCGCUCAAGCUGCGCUGCCCCAUCUGCGACCAGAAGGUGGUGAUCUCGGAGCCCUCGGGCAUGGACGCGCUGCCCUCCUCCAACUUCCUCCUCAGCAACCUGCUGGACGUGGUGGUGGUGGCGGCCGCCGCCGCCGAGGAGCAGAAGAACAACGGCCGGGGAGGGGGAGGCGGCGGCGGCGGCAGCAACAACCGGCACCAUCAGCCCCGCCCGCAGCAGCAACAGCAGCAGCACCGCGCGGCCGGCAGCGGCUCGUCCCCCGCCGCCGCCUCUGCGGCCGCCCAGUCCCCGUCCUCCUCCGGCGGGGGCGGCUCGGCCUCGCUGCUGCUCCGGCGGCCGCACAGCCGGCAGGGCGAGCCCCGCUGCAGCUCCUGCGACGAGGGCAACGCGGCCAGCUCGCGCUGCCUGGACUGCCAGGAGCACCUGUGCGACAACUGCGUGCGGGCGCACCAGCGCGUCCGCCUCACCAAGGACCACUUCAUCGAGCGCUUCGGAGGGGCGCCCGGCGCCGCCGCCGCCGCCCCCGGGCCGGCCGCCCAGCUCGCCCUCGGCCAGCCCUACCCCGCCGCGCCCUACAGCAUCCUCGCCUCCGUCUUCCCGGACCGGACCAGCUACUGCCAGCACCACGACGACGAGGUGCUACAUUUCUACUGUGACACUUGUUCUGUCCCUAUCUGCCGGGAAUGCACCAUGGGACGACAUGUGGGUCAUAGCUUUAUCUACCUCCAAGAUGCCCUCCAGGAUUCCAGAGCCCUCACCAUUCAACUUCUGGCAGAUGCUCAGCAAGGACGCCAGGCUAUUCAGCUGAGUAUUGAACAGGCCCAAGCUGUGGCAGAGCAGGUUGAGAUGAAAGCAAAGGUGGUGCAGUCUGAAGUCAAAGCUAUGACAUCUCGACAUAAGAAGGCCCUGGAAGAACGAGAGUGUGAGCUGCUGUGGAAGGUGGAAAAGAUUCGUCAAGUCAAAGCCAAGUCCCUUUACCUGCAAGUUGAAAAGUUGCGUCAGAAUCUAAAUAAACUGGACAACACUAUUAGUGCAGUUCAGCAGGUCCUAGAGGAGGGUCGUAGCAUGGAUAUUCUCCUAGCUCGGGAUCGCAUGCUGGCUCAAGUGCAGGAGCUGAAGAAUGUGAGAGGCCUUCUACAGCCGCAGGAGGAUGAUAGAGUCAUGUUCACUCCUCCUGACCAGGCUCUGUAUAUGGCCAUUAAAUCAAUGGGGUUUGUCAGCAGUGGGGCUUUUGCUCCUCUGACCAAAGCCACUGGGGAAGGUCUCAAACGUGCACUACAGGGCAAAGUGGCCUCCUUCACAGUGAUAGGCUAUGACCAUGAUGGUGAACCACGCCUUUCGGGGGGCGAUAUGAUCUCUGCAGUGGUGAUGGGCCCUGAUGGAAACCUAUUUGGUGCAGAUGUCAAUGAUCAGCAGAAUGGAACCUACCUGGUCAGUUACAGACCACAGCUGGAGGGAGAGCAUCUAGUCUCUGUCAUGAUGUGCAACCAGCACAUAGAGAACAGUCCGUUCAAGGUCAUGGUAAAAUCUGGGCGCAGUUACAUUGGUAUUGGACUACCAGGGCUUUCAUUUGGCAGCGAAGGAGACAACGAUGGCAAGCUGUGUCGCCCCUGGGGAGUUUGUGUAGACAAAGAAGGGUACAUCAUGGUUGCUGAUCGCAGUAAUAACCGUAUUCAGGUGUUUAAGCCCUGUGGCACCUUCCACCACAAAUUUGGCACUUUGGGUUCCAGGCCUGGUCAGUUCGAUCGCCCUGCUGGUGUUGCCUGUGAUAUCUCACGUAGGAUUGUCGUGGCUGACAAGGAUAAUCAUCGCAUCCAGAUCUUUACAUUUGACGGGCAGUUCAUUCUGAAAUUCGGGGAAAAGGGAACCAAGAAUGGGCAAUUCAAUUACCCAUGGGAUGUGGCAGUCAAUGCUGAGGGCAAAAUCCUGGUCUCUGACACGAGGAACCAUCGGAUUCAACUGUUUGGACCUGAUGGUGUGUUUCUGAAUAAAUAUGGCUUUGAAGGGGCACUCUGGAAGCACUUUGAUUCUCCAAGAGGUGUAACUUUCAAUCAUGAAGGUCAUCUGGUAGUGACAGAUUUCAACAACCAUCGCCUCCUGGUCAUCCAUCCAGAUUGCCAGUCAGCACGCUUCCUUGGGUCAGAAGGCACCAGCAACGGCCAGUUCUUGCGCCCACAAGGCGUGGCUGUGGAUCAAGAGGGUCGCAUCAUUGUGGCUGAUUCUAGGAACCAUCGAGUGCAGAUAUUUGAGUCAAAUGGUAGUUUUUUAUGCAAAUUUGGCACUCAGGGAAGUGGCUUUGGUCAGAUGGACCGACCUUCAGGUAUAGCUGUCACCCCUGAUGGCAUGAUUGUUGUGGUUGACUUCGGAAACAAUCGAAUUCUCAUCUUCUAAUCUGUGUUAUCUGAAUUAGGAAGAAACUGUCUCAGGGAAAUUCUUUUUAAGAGAACGAAAAAAUACAACGUUAAUUCAAACCUACCUCAUCUUUAAUUUUUUACAGAUGAAUGUACUUAUCUUUUCUGCAGGGAGUGAUCCUGUAAAGUUAUAAAUUCUAUCUACCUCAUUAUCUUUGUGUUCUCCCCCUCCCCCCUGUCCUCCCCCAGCAGUAAGUUUUACCUCUUCCCCACAUGGGGCAUCAUGCACAAACAUGUGUUGCUGUGCACAGUAGGUGGUUGCGUGAUGAAUUCUGUAGACAAAGCCAAAAAGGCGCUCUAUAAUUUUUUUUAAUGGGGGGGGGUGGAAUCAGUAGCAUUAGAUAUUUGUAGAGGAUUUGUGUUCUUGAUCAUACUGUGGUUUUGUGGGGGGGAGGGUUGUUAGAUUUUUUGUUUUUUUAAAUGCUGCUGCAGCAGAGAACUUUUUCCUGUUCUCCUUUUUAUACCUCAGUGUGUUUGAUUUAUCGUUCAACAUAGUGUCUUGUUCCCAGAAGACUUUGAUCUUUUUGUGGAAGUGGGUGGGGUUCACUAGUCAGGAAAAGCAAGUUUGCUUUUUUGCAUAUGUGUUUUGAAAAAUGCAGUAAUCCUACAGCACAAAGUGAAACCCCUGUGAAAAUGCACAAAUUGCUUGUGGGGUGGGGGGAGGGAAUCAUUAUUGGUGACUUAGUGUAGUUGUCAUAAAAAGUUUAAUGAAAAAAGCAGGACUUUCUGUAAUGUGUUCUCUAUUCUAUAAUUUCUUGAUAGCCUUUUGUCUUAUUAUUAGUCUCAUUUUAAAAUAAGGUUCCAUUCUUCCUUCCGUCAUAUGUAUGUCACUGUUAUGUGUAUCGAUGCCUGUUACAAGGAGCAUCAAAACAUGGAAGAAUUGAACCCUGGAGUUAAAAUGUGUUUCAUGUGAAAUGGCUGUAAUUUGGUUUGGUUUUGUUCCCAUAAAGGCUUUAGUCAGGGGAGUAAAGAUUAAUAGGUUUGUCAGGACAAAGUAAAUUUUCCCCAAAAUAAACAUAAAGCACAACUUUGGAAAUUCAGGGUGCAUUUCAGAGAAGUCCACAUUUUUAAAAAAUCAGAUCACAAAACCAGUCAGUGACAUCAGCUGAACUUUUUGUUUUCUUUUUCCCUCAUCCCUCCCCUAAAAAAAAAAAAAAAAAAAAAAAGUUGGAUUGAAAGGUUCAAAGAACAUUUUUUAAUGUACAGGCAUUCUUAAUGGCCCCUGGUGAAAGGUAGCCAGCAUGAGGCAAAAUGGAGCCAUAUAAAGCUCUGCAUCUUCAUUCCAUGGCAUCACCGAAAAACUGCAUUUAAAAUGGGGUCACCAUCUAAAAACUACACUAGCCAGAUUCUUUAAACUCUAUAAACUGCAAAACUUGGCUCCAGUGGGGAUAGGAAUUUCUUGUUUUUCUGAAAAGCUGAGAUACUGAGGUGGGGCUUUGGUUUCCAUGCCAUGGGAAUUUGAUUCCUUACUGUGGAUUACAGUCCACAUUUCAAUAGCUUGCAUCUUAAUAUGUUAGCUAUUGAUGUUGACAUGGACUCUUGAGAAAUUGCCUUGCCUUCUGGAUGGGACUGUUAUUGGCAAACCAUAAAGGCUAAUAUAGAGGAUGGAGAGUUUUUGCCCUGUGCAGAAAUUGAAGAGUUCAUGCAUCAAUUAGUUUUUUUUCUUCUGCAGUGGUGUAAGAUUAGUGUUAUCAGUUCCAGCAAGAGAAGAGCCCUGACUGAGAAGCAAGGUUAUUAACUAAAAGGCUGAUGGAAACAGAGUUCAUCUCUUCCCCCAGCCACCACAUACGUAAGCAACCUGAAAAAUUGAAGGCCUCUUUUCAUAUUAAGAAAUUUCAAGGUGCACUUUCACUUGCUUCCACUGCUUUCCCUAUUACUGUAACAUCACCAAGAAAUUCAUUUCCUCUUUUUAGAAAUCCUAAUCAUUUGUCCAGGCUAAGACAGCAGCCGCUUAGGAAGGUGAGGAUUUUAAGAGGUGGACAAUGAAGAGGGAGUCAUUGAGAUCACAAGAACCCUUUUAAAACAUUAUACAGGAUAAUGUAACCGUGCUACUUUCAGCUAACACCUCAUGAAGCAAAUGCUCAGCAAUGGGUAUCAGCUGGGCUAAAUUUUAGGGAUAGUGUUGUUUAAAAAAAAAAAAUCCAAGAUAAUCUUUUAGAGAGAUCUGUCAUUAAACUUGUA